AUGGUUUUGUUGGGAACUGCGAUCAUCAAGAGCAGUGAGGGAGGUUGUAACGAGAACGAUCAAAAAGACAAGCUAGUUCCGAUCCCUAAUGAUUUAGAGGCGGAGAUACUGACUAGAUUGCCGGCAAAGUCUCUUAUGAAGCUCCUAUGUGUGUCAAAGGUAUGGUCUUCCAUCAUCCGAAGUCAGAGAUUCAUCGAUUCAUACUACGCUUUGUCCUCCUCGACGCGAUCGCGUUUUACAGUGACUUGCUGUAAUGGUGUAUCCGCCCCGGCUGAGUUGAAGCGUUUGUUCAUAUUUUCCUCUUCCUUCGAGGUGAAAUCUUCUUCUUUAGUUGCCAAGCUAGACAUGACAAUACCUUUUGAUGUGGUCUUGUAUAGCAACUUCAAGUGUCCUUCCAUCCACGGCUUUCUCAGUUGUUAUUCUAAUAAUUAUCAGUUCAUUGUAUGUAACCUGAGCACGAGGCAAGUCAUUACCUUACCCAUUAAAGGACCCUGCGCAUCCUUGGGAUAUGAUCCUAUUGGUCGUCAAUUCAAAGCGUUGAACCUGGUGUCGUCUCCUGACCGGCCUCUUAAAUUUCUAGUGCACGAGGUUAUAACACUUGGCGGAACAGGAGAAGUAUCACGUAAUCAGGUUACCACCGCUCGUUAUUACCCUUUUACCGAUGGCCUUUACAUCAAUGGUUCCAUCUAUUACGGUGCUUGGGACGAAAGACUAGACCCGUUGAUUGCGUGUUUUGAUGUUAGAUACGAGAAUAUAAGUUUUAUUAAAGUGCCUACGGAUCCUCUGUUUUGGGGUGACUCGAUAUUGAUAGAUUACCGAGGGACGUUAGCUUCGAUUUUUGUAAACGCCUUUAAACCUUUCCAAAGUUUCGGUUUAUGGAUACUUGAGGAUGCCACAAAACAUGAAUGGUCCAAGAAAACGUUUGAGCUUCCCUUCCCUUUGGUCAAUAUGACUUCCCCGGGCACCAACAAGGCUGGUGAAAUCAUUUUUGCCCCAAAAUAUCUCCCAGACAUUGGUCAACCCUUGUUCAUUUUCUACUACAAUGUAGAAAAGAAAGACAUGAGAAGCGUUAGGCUCCACGGAAUUGCAGACGAUGAAGAGUUUCGGCGCCGAUAUGGACUCCUACGGGAGACGUACGUCACUAUCUCACCCGAACACGUUGAAAGUAUUGCCUCUUUGUAA